CAUUUGUCGUUGUUGGAGUGGACCAGGAAGCAUCAAAGAGUUUCCGCGUCUGCUCGGCCUGAAUUCUGGAGUAAAUAACGCUUGACGUCGUUAUUGCACUCUGGAAGCCGCAUAGGGUAAACAACACCCUCCCAAACCUAUUAUGUCAUCCAAGGAAGAAACUUCAACAGCAGCGGUAGCUUCGGCUACCACUGUUGCCAGUGGUGGUAGUGGCAGUGCCACCGGUUGCUCGUAUGCAAAUGUUUUGCAAAAUGUCGAUGCCAAAAAGGUUGUAGCCGCCGCCACUCCACCAACACCGGUAGUGGAAGAAAAAUCUGCUCCGACUAAUCGCGAGGAGAAAGAAAAUCAACCGGAACUUAAAGCCAAUAAGUCCUGGUGUGAUGAUAUUGAACCGGAUACUACUCCAGCCACUGCCACAGUGGCUGGGGAGAAACGUGCUGCCGUCAAUACUGACACAGCAGCUGAAAAUUCUUCCGAAGUUGAUGACAAUGGUGAUUUUGUUCCUGUUGUUUCGAAUUCUCGCCGUGAUCGUAAAAAGGCACGCAAAGAAAAACCACCACGUGAUGGACGCAAUGUAAGUGCUGCUGCCGCUGGUGGUGGUCAGGGUGGUCCCAAGUCGGGACCUCGUCAACGUGGUGGCAAUGGCAACGCUGGAGGUAAUGCCAAUACCGAUAAAGAUGGUGAACGUAAAUAUCCCCCCAGACAACGUCAACGUAAUGGCAGUCCACGCAAAUCGAAUGGUGGCGGCCCCAAGGGAGGCCCAAAGGAACCACGCAAAGAUGCUUCACCCAGUGCUAGUGCUGAAAAUGCUAGCAGCGGUAAUGAAGCCAAAACCGGUGAUGGUGAAACUCAAGCUCAAAAUUCAAAUGCUGCUGGUGGCAAUGCUGCUGCUGGAAAUCCUCCAGCACCACAACCGAAAAAAUUUGUUGCUGCUCCUCCACCAAAGGUUAAUGCAUGGAAGAUAUCAAAACAACAAGCUUCAAGUCCCAAAACAAGUUCUUCGCCAUUGGAUAAACGUGUCUUGCAACCCAAACAGCCUAAACAGCAAAAGCAACAACAGCAAGCACAGAAUCAAAACGAAAAACAACAACCGGCAACAAGCGAUAAUACCACAACCACUACUUCAACUACCAAUAAUAGCAGCUCCAACACAAACGCACAGAAUCCAAAUAAGACCCAAACCACUAAAGUUGUUGAGUCCACAACUGUAGUCGUCUCAAAAAGUGAUGCGAAUGCUGCCGUGGUAAAGGACAAAAAGAAGGUUAAUCAAAAAGCUAGUGAUUUUAGUAACGUUGGUGAUUGGCCAAUGUUAAUUGGUGGUAAACCAGCCGGUACCGAAACAAAACGUUCAAACAGAAAACAACGUUCCAACGCUCAAAAGGAAGAUACUAACGCUGCCACGGUAAAACCUACCGAAGGCCAAACUUUAGUGGAUAGCCAACAACAGCAGCAAACAGCAUCAUCGAACAGCAGCAACAACACUAACGAUAAAGUCGUUGUCGCCCAAACAUCAUCUUCAGCAUCCAGCACUAGCUCUAGUGCUGCCAAAGAAAAUCAAGAUCCAAAAACUUCAGCGGCAACCGCUAACAAUGAAGCAUCUUCCAGCAAUGCCGGAAAUGGAAAUAAUGCCAACACAAAUACUGCCAAUGGCAGCGGCGGCGUCGGCAUCAAUAAGAAAAUACCCAAACAAAAAUGGCGACCUCUUCAAAUCGAUUUGGCCAAAUCUAGUCGUUCCAAAUCAAUUGGUGGUCGUCCCACCCGCAGAGGUAUCAAUUCCCAGCCGCGAUACCAAGAUCGUGCCAACAAUCGCUCAUCCGGCCAAAAUGCUGGCCACCACGACUCUAACAAUGAAAGACGCUCAGCCAACAACAAUGGCGGCGGCGAGAGUCAGCGCGGUGAACGCCAACACAACAACAAUGCUGUCGGCAACAAAACAAAAUCUGGCAAUGUGGGUGAACGCAUUGAUUCCUGGCGUAGCGGCAGCGGCACCAAUCGGCAUGAACGUGACGGCGAGUACGAACAACGUCCAGCCCGCAGCCAACGGCGGUACCGCACGUCCUACCGGGGCGGGCGUCAGGGGCGCGGCGGUGGCGGAUUCUCAAGAUCGGGACCAGGUCGUACGGCAAAUCGCAUACCACGCCAUCUGUUAGCCAAUGGCGAGUACGCAAAUUAUCUACCGGCGGAUGCCGCCGGUGCAGAUCCCUCAUUUGUUCUUAUGGGUACCCAUUAUUAUGGUCCCAUGCCUGCUGCAUAUAUUGAAAUGGAUGCACAAAGCGUCAAAGAAGCUAUUAAAAAACAAGUUGAAUAUUAUUUUAGCGAAGAAAACCUUACUGGCGAUUUCUUUUUGCGCCGCAAAAUGGAUGACGAAGGUUGCAUCCCUGUCACUCUAAUCGCUUCGUUCCAUCGGGUUCUAGCUCUAACCACAGAUGUGGCUCUAAUCAUUACAGCCAUCAAGGAAUCCGAUAAAAUUGAACUUUUGGAAGGCUAUAAGGUGCGCACAAAGACAAACCCCACCAUAUGGCCCAUUAAGGAAGCUGUGGAUACAGUUAGUAACCCGGUUAAAGUGGCCGCAACUGCAGCUGCCGCAAGUGGUGCUGCCGGCAGUACGCCUGAAGCGUCCACCACUGCUGCCACCACCACUACUACUGCUGCUGCUACCACUACCACCACAAACACCACUACCCCUACUCAAGAAAUUGUAACAAGUCAAGCUAAUGAUACACCUGCUGCUCAAGAAUCGACAAGCACUGAUACAACAACGGCUACAACUACUCCUGCUGCGAAUAACAAUACCUCACCAAAUAUGAUCUAUGUUCCCGAAGUGCCUCUGCCACCGAUUUUAACCUCACCCAUGGCUACCAAGCCCCUGAGUUGUAUACCACCACCACCGGUGCCACGUAAUUCGCAAAAUCUGCUACCCACCAUUUUGUUGCAACAAGAGAGACAAACACCUGCCCCUGCAUUGAACGCCAUCAGUGCUCUCACCAAAAAGGUGGAAGCUGCCGUGGCAGCCGAACAGCAAACGGCAACGGGUGGAGCGGUGGCCCAGUUGGCGGAUCAUUUGAGUGGAUUGGCUGAGAGUGUAACGACGGCUGUGAAAGCACCAAACUCGACAUCGACUCCGGAAAAGAAGACGAAGACGACGACGACCACACAAGCAGCAGCCACAGAAGGCAAAGUACCCGCUGCAGCUAUCUCUGAGAGUGCCGAUUCAACAACGAGUGCCGGCGAAGCUGCCGAUGGCAUGUGGAAAGAGGUAAAGAGACGCUCAAAAUCAAAUGCUUAUAAAGAUACUAAAUCAGCUACCACCAACUCGACACAAUCGUCAUCAUCACAAUUGCCACUCGCCAACACCACCUCUUCCGCAUCCACAUCAAAUCAAUCCGCCACCAUGACCAACACUCCUACCAACUCCUCCCUGAAUCCCAAAAACAACAAAACAUCCAAUGUCACAUCAUCAAAUGCUUCCUCCUCCUCCGUCAACAACAACACCACCACCAAAUCCACUUCCUCCACCACCACCACUACCAUCAAAUCCUCCUCUGCCUCCUCCAAAACAGCUGCAUUCUCUGCAAUCGCCACAACAGCCACCAGCGGUGGUCACCAGCCUGUCGAGAAGGAAGAACUAGACUUCCAGUUUGAUGAAGAGCUAAUGGAUCCAAUACCUGCCUCUGGACGCGUCAACAAUUUCACCGAACACUACUCCGACGAUGAUGAAUCCGAUUACGAAUUUGCCGACCGCGAUAUUAACAAACUGCUGAUUGUCUCCCAAGUACACCGGGCUCCCAAACACGAAGGUUACGAUCGUACGGCCGACUACACCUCCAGAACAAAAAUUACUCAGGACUUGGAGAAUGUCAUUAACGAUGGUCUGGUCAAUUACGAAGAAGAUUUGUGGAUUACCUCAAACACGGCCAAGGAUUAUCGUACCGUUAAUUUGAUAUCCCAAGAAGAUUUUGAAAAAAUGCACGGCCAGUCUGGUCGUUCACAGCGUAACCAACAACCGCCACCACCACCUCCACCCGCCUAUGAUGAUGAAGACUCGACACUGAAUACAACACUGAACUCGACACUGAAUUCCACGACUAAAUCGCGUAGAGCUCGUUUCUAUGCUGCACCCAACAACCAUUCACUUGAUUUGCGUACACCACGUAAACGUAAGACCCGCCAUUCAUCGAAUCCACCGGUCGAAGCUCACGUUGGUUGGUUGCUCGACACCGUAGAACAUAGGCCACGUACCACAUCGAUGGGAUCGUCGGCAGGCACAUCGCCCACCACCUCAUCGUAUGGUUCAUCAGUACCUCAAUCGUUGCCCGUCUUCCAGCAUCCAUCACAUGCCCUACUCAAGGAGAAUAAUUUCACCCAACAAGCAUAUCAUAAAUAUCAUUCACGUUGCCUUAAGGAGAGACGUCGUUUGGGCUAUGGCCAGUCACAAGAAAUGAAUACCCUCUAUCGUUUCUGGUCAUUCUUUUUGCGUGAAAAUUUCAAUAAGACAAUGUACAAUGAAUUCCGUCAAUUGGCCUUGGAAGAUGCCAGUAAUGGUUUCCGUUAUGGUCUGGAGUGUCUAUUCCGUUUCUAUUCCUAUGGUUUGGAAAAGAAAUUCCGUCCACAUAUCUAUGAAGAUUUCCAAGAGGAAACAAUUGCCGAUUAUGAAAUUGGACAACUAUACGGUCUCGAAAAAUUCUGGGCUUUCUUGAAAUACUAUAAAAAUGCCGAUAAAUUGGAAGUACAACCGCAACUGAAAGAAUAUUUGAAACGUUUCAAGACUAUUGAAGAUUUCCGUGUUGUUGAACCGGAAAUCAACGAAAUGUUACAGGGUGUGGGCAGCCUAAAUCGUGGCCGUAAUUUCCAAAGACAUCGUAGUGUAUCGGAAAGUGAUGGCACCAAAGUUAUUGUGGCCGGCGGUGGCAAUCGUCGUCCCAAUACCACAAUUACCAAUCGUAGUGAUUAUGUGGGCAAUCGUGUGCAGCAGCAACAACAACAUCAGCAACAACAACAAUACCAGAAUCAAGGUGGUAAUAAUCGUAGACGUACUGGUUCUUUUGGUAGCACCACGGUACGUGUACGCAGUGGCUCUUUGGGUAAUAAACCACAAAUUGCCAAUCGCAACUAUCACUAUGGCUCACCCAAUGAAUUGAGACGCAGUGGUGGUGGUAGUGGCAGUAAUUCGGGGCUAAAUCGUAAUCAACGUCAGCAACAACAACAAUUGCAGCAACAACAGAAACAAAAACAAUUGCAAAAUCAACAGCAGCAACAGCAAAAGGAUGCCGCUGCCAACAAACAACAAUCUUCAGCAGU